AUGUGUACCGCAGAAAACAUCUACCAUACAACCUGCGGCUGCUGGUCUGGAUUUCACGUCAUCUGGGAAUGCCCCAAGGCCAGCCUCGGCCCAUGCCCCGACAUCGUCUCCUCAGGUGUGCUCCGUAAACCAGGCAAGUGCCUCACCUGCCGCCGCCGAUGUGAGUGGCAUCAAAAGGUUCUCCCCCCCUCUGCAUCGCCCACGCUCGCAAGUGACCAUGCGGUCGACGAUAGGCUCAAGCUGCUUAGCGAGAUGAUGCGCAGGGCGUUGGAGACUCCGGCUAGAGUCUCUGCCUCCCGGGCCGAAGAGCCGGGUAACCGUGUCGAUGGUAAUCGAGAUGCAAGACCAAGUAAGGCACAAAGUGAGAUUGGCGACGAUGGGGUGUUCAAGACAUUGAGCACUGCAUGGCAUCAGCAAUGA